AUGGAUGAUGAUGUUAAAACACUUAUAUCAUAUGUAGCAGAAAAAUACACUGACUUAUAUGAUGCAUCAUAUCAUAUUUAUAGAUUAGCCUCCUACUAUGGUGCCGUCAAUUGUUUUAAGUUUUUGCAAACAGAAGCUCAUCCAAAAUAUCCUUUUGAAAAUCCAAUUCCUUGGCAAUGUCUUCAACGUUCAUUUAUAGGUGGAAAUCCACACAUCAUUAGUGAAUGCUUGAAAUAUCAAGAAACUGAUUAUUUGUGUAUGACGUGGGCAAUUGCUUCACAUAAUCUCAAGAUAUCAUACGUCCAAAUAAUGUGGAAUUAG